AGACUUGCCAGAGGCAGUGGCACCCCUCAGGGGCCCUCCCAAGGGCGGCGGAGGCCCCAGGAGCCCUGCCACAGGUUGUGGCACCCUGAGUACCUCUUCCAGGGACUGUGGCGCCCCCAAGGCCCUCCCAGGGACGACAGCGCCCCCUAGGUUCGUCCCAGGUGGCAGUACGCCCCCAGGGGUUCUCCCAAAGGUGGCAAAUCCCCCAGGGGCCCUGCCAUGGGCUGUAGCACCCCCAAGGAAUUUACCAGGAGCUGUCGCGCCCUCAAGGCCCUAUCAGGGGCGGCGGUACCUCCCAGAGCCCUCCCAGGGUGCGGCGCUUUCGGAAGCCUUUGCAGGGGCGGUGGCACCCCCAGAGGCCCUCCUAGGGACCACAGGGGCCCUCCGAGAGACUGUGACAACCCCAGGGGACCUCCCAGGGGGUGCAACGACACCAAGGGCCCUCCCAGAGGCAGUGGCCACCGAAGGGACACUUCCAGGUCGGUGGAGCCCCCCAGAGCCCUCACCUGGGCAAUGGCACCGCCAGGGGCCCUCCCAAGGGCGGCGGAGCCUCCAGGAGCCCUGCCAGGGACUGUGGCACCGUGAGGCCUUCUUCCAGGGAACGUGGUGCCCCGAAGGCCCUCCCAGGGGCGGCGGUGCCCCCCAGGGCCCCCCCAGGGGAAGCAGCGCCCCCCCCCAAGGUUUUUCCAAAGAUGGCAAACCCCCCAGGGGCCCUGCCAGGGGCUGUGGUACCCCAGGGUCUUUUCCAGGAACUGUGGCGCCCCCUAGUCCCUACCAGGGACGGCGGCACCCCCUGGUCCUCUCAGGAUUGAUGAGUGAUAAACUACUGCCACAAGGGGCCCUACAAGAACAGCGCUCCUUUGGGCCCUCCCAUAUGCCCAACCAGGAGACCUUCCAGGGGGUGCAACGACACCAAGGGCCCUCCCAUAGGCAGUGGCCACCAAAGGGACACUUCCAGGUCGGUGGAGCCCCCCAGAGCCCUCACAGGGGCAAUGACACCCCCAGGGGCCCUCCCAAGGGCGGCGUAGCCUCCAGGAGCCCUGCCAGGGACUGUGGCACAGUGAGGCCUUCUUCCAGGGAACGUGGCUCCCCGAAGGCCCUCCCAGGGGCGGCGGUGCUCCCCAGGGUCCUCCCAGGGGAAGCAGCGCCCCCAAAGGUUUCCAAAGAUGGCAAACCCCCCAGAGGCCCUGCCAGGGGCUGUGGUACCCCCAGGGUCUCUUCCAGGAACUGUGGCGCCCCCUAG